AUGUAGAUGACAACACAGUAGUCUGGCUUCAGCUUGCCCUAGCUUUGGGCCUUCUUCUUCAGCAAUUUUUCCAUUCCCCCAAAUUUUUUUUUUCUUCUGGUGAAUUUUCAUUCAAUGGACACAGGUGGGAGCAGUGAAAGCCCAAUCGAAGCAAAGAAAGGCAAAUCGAAGACCCCUAGAAAACCCAAGGAAAGCGUUCUUAAACAGAAAUCACCAGCUGAGUUCUUUGCAGAGAACAAGAACAUUGCUGGGUUUGACAAUCCAGGGAAAUCCCUCUACACUACUGUGAGAGAACUUGUUGAAAAUGCACUUGAUUCAGCCGAAUCCAUAUCUGAGCUUCCUGUAGUAGAAGUAACAAUUGAAGAAAUUGGGAGAAGCAAGUUUAAUUCUAUGAUUGGUCUUGUUGAUCGUGAACGCGUUGAUGAGGCACUUUAUGAUGAUUUUGAGACAGCCAAGGCUCGUGAGAAACGAAUAGCCAAGGAAGCCCGCAAUCAUGAAAUUCAGGCAAAGAAUGCUGCCAUUGGUAAGAAGGCGAAAGAGCAAUCGGCAUCAAAGGCCGUUAAGGGUCGAGGUGAGGCCUCGUUUUACAGGGUGACUUGUAAGGAUAAUGGAAAAGGAAUGCCACAUGAUGAUAUCCCUAACAUGUUUGGACGAGUUCUGUCUGGAACAAAGUAUGGCUUGAAGCAAACACGAGGAAAGUUUGGACUGGGUGCUAAGAUGGCUCUAAUUUGGUCCAAGAUGAGUACAGGACUUCCAAUUGAGAUAUCCUCGUCACUGAAGGGUCAAAAUUUUAUUUCAUUCUGCAGGCUGGAUAUAGAUAUCCAUCGAAACAUCCCUCACAUUCAUUUGCAUGAAAAACGGGACAAGAAAGAAAGGUGGCAUGGAGCUGAAAUCCAAGUUGUUAUCGAGGGAAAUUGGACAACUUACCGUUCCAAGAUAUUGCAUUAUAUGCGUCAAAUGGCUGUUAUCACACCCUAUGCCCAAUUUCUCUUUAAAUUUGUAGCUGACACAUCAGAUAAAAAUAUCACUAUAAGAUUUGCAAGAAGAACAGAUAUAAUGCCUCCAGUUCCUCUGGAGACAAGGUACCAUCCAUCAGCUGUUGAUUUACUACUCAUCAAACGCCUUAUUGCUGAAACUUCAAAGCAGAACCUUUUGCAGUUUCUUCAGCAUGAGUUUGUGAAUAUAGGAAAACCCUAUGCUGAACGUUUGAUUGGAGAAAUGGGUCUGGAUUUUACACCAAAAAUGCCUGUAAAAUCUCUAACCUCUCAACAAAUAGUACGCAUACAUCAGUUGUUCCGUCAAGCUAAAUUUGAUGACCCUAGUGGUGAUUGUCUCAGUCCUGCUGGGGAAUACAAUCUUCGUCUUGGAAUUAUAAAAGAGCUGCAUCCAGACAUGGUUGCAACUUAUUCUGGAAGCGCUCACGUUUUUGAAGGUCACCCAUUCAUUGUGGAAGCUGGAGUCAGUGUGGGUGGAAAAGAUGUUAAGCAUGGGUUGAAUAUAUUUAGAUUUGCAAACCGGAUUCCACUUCUAUUUGAACAAGGUGCUGAUGUUGUCACCAGGACAGCCCUGAAGAGAAUCAAUUGGAAUAGUUACAAGAUUAACCAGACACAAGAUAAGAUUGGCGUCUUUGUGAGCAUUGUAAGCACAAAAAUCCCUUUUAAAGGGACGGGAAAGGAAUAUAUUGGAGAUGAUAUAAAAGAGAUAGCUUCCGCUGUUAAGACUUCUAUUCAGCAGUGUUGUGUCCAACUAAAAUCCAAAAUAGUGAAGAAAAUCCAGGCUCGUGAGCAGCAGGAGAGAAAACGAAAUUUGAGCAGGUACAUUCCAGAUGCUACAAGUGCUAUCUAUGAUGUCUUGAGAGAAAUGGCACACUCACAUGCGUCGAAGAAGAAACGCUUCGAAGAUGAGGAUGCAGAACUACUAAAAAAAGUGUCAGCUCGUGUGAUAACAAAAGACACGCUCAGGGAAAAGCUGGCUCAACAUGUCGAACAGGUGGACUAUGAGAUGGCAUUGGAAUAUGCAACACAGAGUGGGGUGAAUGAGGAACCCAGAGAACCUAUAUAUUUAGAGUCAUUGGAAGCUGAAAAUAGCUUCAUUGACUUCCAUGGUCCCAUAUUUGUCUUCAGGCUCUUCCAGUAGGAACUUGUCAGACAGAUUGGUUGAUAUAAAAAUGGACUGCUUUUACACAUACCAUUCUGAUUCUAUGUUUCUUGUAUCUAAAUAUCGAAUACCCAAGAUGGAGGGUUGAAUGUGAUUGUAUAACACAGUUUCUUUAUUAUGAAUUUGUUCUUGAUUUUUUGUUUUUUACAAUAAAGUAUUGUCUCUUUCGUGUCAA